AUGUCCGAACCACCGCGUAGGCCGCGGCCUGCCUCCUCUCCCACCCGCGAAAAGUCCCAUUCUCCUUACAGAGACUCACCGUCUCGACGACUACGCGAUCUCGAAACCGGGGCAAAUGUCCAACGCAAUUCUCCCUAUUCCCCUCAGCGCAUCGGAAACGACCCCUAUCCUCCCUCACCCAGCUCCAGAACGGCAGAUUGGGAGCCGAUAAUGUCCAACCCUAUGAAUCAGAGUGACCUCGGUCGCAAGAAAUCCCUGAUCCGCCCCGAGCGUAGUCGAAUAGACCGAGAUCAUCCCAACUACCACUAUCGCAAACAUGCACAGAAUAUGGAGGUCUUCCCUUCUACCACCGGGAACGAUCCUGUGGUGGAAGAGUUGGCCGAAGAGGGGACUGUGAGCUCUGAAAGCACUAAUCUCAACAUGCUAGCCGACGAGGAUCUUGGUGUCCAACCGACCUCACGCCAGCCUGGAAGACUCGAGCCAGUCGGCAAGAAGAGACAACCUCGAAAGUUGGUGAGAAAAGACACUCGAGACUUGACGGCCGAAGAGAAGAGGCGCAUGAAAGAAAUGGAAAAGCUCAAACCGCCCAGUGCCUGGAACGUAUAUUGCUCGGUGGUCACUUUUUGGGCUCCCAAUUUUAUGCUACAUUGCUGCGGAAUGCCGGGGCGGGCCCAGAAAAGAGCCUGGAGAGAGAAGGUCGGCUUAAUCAGUAUCAUCUUUCUUAUUGCGGCCUUUGUCGGUUUUCUGACUUUCGGCUUCACACGAGCGGUAUGCCCAGCUCCGGGACUGAGGUUGAAGAUCAACCAUGUCGAUCGUGGCUACAUGAUAUUCCACGGAGACGCCUACAAUCUUGAUGGUUCCAUGCAUCCAGCAGCUCUGGGGAUUCCUCUCGACAGCAAUGUCCUCUACGAUCUCCCCCACAAGUACGGUGGCCAAGACGGGAGUUUCAUGUUUCAGAAAGUCAAUGGAGAGUGCAAAGGUCUAAUCACCCUCGCACCUGGCUCCGAUGUGCCUACGGACGCUGAUGGCGACCUCGCAUGGUACUUCCCCUGCAACGCCUUCAAUCAGGACGGCUCUUCACAGCCGAACCUAACCAACCCUUACUACCUGGGUUACGCUUGUCAUACCACUGCUAAAUCCAGAAACACAUUUUACACCCUGAGAAAAGCCGGUGAAGUCUUCUUCACUUGGGACGACGUCAAAAACACUAGUCGAAAUCUGGUGGUAUAUUCUGGUUCCGUGGUCGAUCUGGACUUGUUGAGAUGGUUCAACAAGAGCCAAGUUGCUUGGCCAAAACAGUUCGAUGAUAUGCGGGAGAGCGACGAGAUCCGGGGGACGGACAUCACCCACGUGCUGCAGUCUCCCGCGGAUAAAAAGGUCGGCAAGUGUUUGACCCAGAUUGCAAAAGUGGGUUCAGUUGACACCGAGACGGUUGGGUGCAUUGCUUCAAAGGUCGUCCUGUACGUCUCGUUGGUGUUUAUUCUCGCUGUUGUACUGGUGAAAUUCUUUCUCGCCUUGGCCUUCCAAUGGUUCUUGGCUGGCAAGUUUGCGGCCACCAAGACCUCGCAGACAUCCGAUCCAAAAAAGCGGGCCAAGCAGAUCGAGGACUGGGCCGAUGAUAUCUACAGACCGGCUCCCAAGAUCACUGAUCCCGCAAGCACUGUUUCCGGCUCCGAUGCGCGAACCAGUAAGCGUGGAAGUCAGUUGUUCCCUCAGACAUCUCGGUUCACCAGUCCGUAUGCUGUCGAGCGUGUCUCCAAGACGAAUCGUCCCCCGCCAACCACGAUGACCAGUCAGUCUUCGAACGCGCGACUGAUUCAGCCAGGAAGUGGCCUCUACAAAAGCGGAUUCAAUAGCAGUCAAAACACUUUGGACGUCAAUUCUCGGAUGAGCGUUGGUGCUAGCAGAUCCAGCCUUCUCCUGUCCGGUCAGGAAGCCCGGUAUUCAGCUGUGAUGGACGCCCUCGAACCAGGUGGGCCCGUGGGCUUCAUUCACGAGAAUGUAGUUCCCCAGCCACCUCCUGAGUGGCAGCCAUUUGGCUAUCCCCUUGCUCACGUCAUCUGCCUGGUCACUGCAUAUUCGGAAGAUGCAGAUGGUAUCCGAACGACGCUGGACUCUGUAGCAACGACCGACUACCCGAACAGCCACAAAGCAAUACUCGUGAUAUGUGAUGGCCUGAUCAAGGGCAAAGGCAACGACUUGUCGACCCCAGAAAUCGUCCUCAGCAUGAUGGGUGAUUUUGUCGUUCUUCCCGAAGACGUACAGGCCUUUUCAUACGUCGCCGUAUCGAGCGGCUCGAAACGACACAACAUGGCCAAGGUCUAUGCUGGGUUCUACGAUUAUGGUCCGAGCUCGAAAAUCGACCCGACCAAGCAGCAACGAGUGCCCAUGUUAGUCGUCGUCAAGUGUGGAACUCCUGAUGAAGCCGACAAGGCCAAACCCGGCAACCGAGGCAAGCGUGACAGCCAGAUCAUCCUAAUGUCCUUCCUCCAAAAGGUCAUGUUUGAUGAACGAAUGACAGAACUCGAAUAUGAAAUGUUUAAUGGUCUCUGGAAGGUCACGGGCAUGUCUCCCGACUUCUACGAAAUGGUGCUCAUGGUCGACGCUGAUACGAAGGUAUAUCCUGACAGUCUGACGCACAUGGUCUCCGCCAUGGUUAAGGAUCCUGAAAUCAUGGGACUCUGCGGCGAAACCAAGAUCGCGAACAAGACCCAGUCGUGGGUCUCGCGCAUCCAGGUCUUCGAGUACUUCAUCUCGCAUCAUCUGUCCAAAUCCUUUGAAUCCGUCUUUGGUGGUGUCACUUGCUUACCCGGGUGUUUCUGCAUGUACCGGAUCAAGUCACCCAAGGGUGGGCAAAACUACUGGGUCCCAAUCCUUGCCAAUCCCGACAUUGUGGAGCACUAUUCGGAGAAUGUGGUCGACACACUGCACAAAAAGAACCUCCUCCUGCUGGGCGAAGACAGAUACCUCUCGACACUCAUGCUCAAGACAUUCCCCAAACGCAAACAAGUCUUUGUGCCUCAGGCCGUCUGCAAAACAACGGUUCCGGACAAAUUCAAAGUGCUUUUAUCUCAACGACGCCGUUGGAUCAAUUCCACGGUCCACAACUUGAUGGAGCUCGUCCUCGUACGCGACCUCUGCGGUACAUUUUGCUUCAGUAUGCAAUUUGUCGUCUUCAUCGAACUCAUCGGUACCCUUGUAUUACCAGCGGCCAUCGCAUUCACGUUUUACCUAAUUAUCAUCUCCAUUGUCGCCAAGCCCGUACCGGUCAUUCCCCUCAUUCUUUUGGGUCUCAUUCUAGGUCUUCCCGCCGUCCUGAUUGUGAUGACGGCACAUAGCUGGUCAUAUGUUGCAUGGAUGGGAAUUUACCUGCUCUCGCUUCCCAUCUGGAAUUUCGUCCUGCCAGCCUAUGCGUACUGGAAGUUCGACGAUUUCAGCUGGGGAGACACGAGGAAGACGGCAGGAGAGACCAAGAAAUCUAGCGGACACGGGGAAGCCGAAGGUGAAUUUGAUAGUUCGAAGAUCCUAAUGAAGAGGUGGGGAGAUUUCGAGAAAGGUAGAUUUCGCCUACCCUUUUACAUCCCGAGUCUUUGA